CGCCGGGCUCAGCUGUGCAGGAGGCUGCGAGCGGCCGCGGGAGGCGGUGGGCCCUGGCCACCGCUGAGGCCGCCGGAGCCGGCUCAGCCGGCGCUCAGGAGGGGCCAUGAGCUGGUUCAACGCCUCGCAGUUGUCCAGCUUCGCCAAGCAGGCCCUGUCUCAGGCCCAGAAGUCCAUCGACAGGGUCCUGGACAUCCAGGAGGAGGAGCCGAGCGCCUGGGCCGAGCCCAUCCCGUACGGCGAGCCGGGAAUAAGUCUCCCAGUGAGUGGAGGAUGGGAUACAUCAACCUGGGGAUUGAACUCAAGCACUGAACCUCAGAGUCCACCAACAGCCUCUCCUAAAGCAAUUACAAAGCCAGUUCGAAGGACUGUCGUCGAUGAGUCUGAAAAUUUCUUCAGUGCCUUUCUUUCACCAUCAGAUGUCCAGACCAUUCAGAAGAGUCCGGUGGUAUCAAAACCUCCAGCUAAAUCACAGCGGCCAAAAGAAGAAGUGAAAGGUAGUUUACAAGAAUCCUCGUCCCCUGGCCCGUCCAGAACUCCUGAAACAGCUAAGUCAGAAGUGCGAGAGACUGUGUGUAUCUCAGGAGAAACCCCGGCUGUGGCUACUCCAUCACCUGUACCUGAAGGCAAACAUGGAGAAACUGCUUGUGAAGAGUCUGAGGUGAAGGUGCCUGCUGUGCGGUUGAAAGCGUCUGAAGGUGUAGUUAACGUAAACACAACAACAGAAGAUGUAUCCACCACCUCCACCCAGUCUCUCACAGCAGAAACUAAGGAUGUGACUUUGGAACCUAAGGAACAAAAACACGAAGACAGACAGAGCAAUACACCUUCUCCUCCUGUUAGCUCCUUCUCAUCGGGCACUUCUACCACCAGUGAUAUUGAGGUUUUAGAUCAUGAGAGCGUAAUAAGCGAGAGCUCAGCUAGUUCAAGGCAAGAGACUUCAGAUGCAAAAUCAAGUCUUCAUCUCAUGCAGACGUCAUUUCAGCUGCUCUCUGCAUCUGCUUGUCCCGAGUAUAGCCGCUUAGAUGAAUUCCAAAAGCUCAAUGAGAGCUGCUGCUCGUCGGAUGCUUUUGAAAGGAUAGACUCGUUUAGUGUGCAGUCUCUAGAUAGCCGGAGCGUAAGCGAGAUCAACUCAGAUGAUGAACUGCCAGGCAAGGGCUAUGCUUUAGCGCCUAUAGUAGUGAAUCCUUCAACCCCAAAGACUAGAGUAGUAGAACCCACUGAAGAAAAAGCUGAAGAAGAGGAAGGAAACGAAACGUUAAUCGCACCUUCUGAGGAAGCAGAGUUAGAGGAAAGUGGCCGAAGUGCUACCCCUGUUAACUGUGAGCAGCCAGAUACGCUGGCUUCCCCCGUGCCGGGAAGUGAAGGAGAUCUUGUCUCUGGACCGGCCACUGAUCAGUGCGAAGCUGCUGGGAGUCAGCCGGAGGCACUGCCCGAGAAAGAAGAUGUUUGCAAGACUCUUGAAUUUCUGAAUGAGAAACUAGAGAAGAGGGAGGCCCAAUUAUUAUCUCUUAGUAAAGAAAAAGCACUUCUAGAGGAAGCUUAUGAUAACCUGAAGGAUGAAAUGUUCAGAGUAAAAGAAGAAAGUAGUAGCAUUUCCUCCCUGAAAGAUGAAUUUACCCAAAGAAUUGCAGAAGCAGAAAAGAAAGUUCAACUAGCCUGCAAAGAGAGAGAUGCUGCUAAGAAGGAAGUGAAAACCAUAAAAGAAGAACUUGCCACUAGAUUAAAUAGUAGUCAGACUGCAGACCUCUUGAAGGAGAAAGAUGAGCAGAUUCAAGGGUUAAUGGAAGAAGGAGAAAAACUUUCAAAGCAGCAGCUGCAUAAUUCUAACAUCAUUAAGAAAUUAAGAACUAAAGACAAAGACAAUGAAAAUGUUAUUGCAAAGCUGAACAGAAAAGCAAAGGAGCUGGAAGAGGAGUUACAGCAUUUAAGACAGAUCCUUGAUGGCAAAGAAGAAGUUGAGAAACAACAUAGAGAAAAUAUUAGAAAACUAAAUUCUGUGGUAGAACGCCAGGAGAAGGAUCUUGGCCGACUUCAGGUAGACAAGGAUGAACUUGAAGAAAAGAGCCGAAGUACUCAGGCUGCUCUAGAUAGUGCGUACAGAGAACUUACUGAUCUUCACAAAGCCAAUGCUGCUAAGGACAGUGAGGUGCAGGAAGCUGCUUUGAGGCGUGAGAUGAAAGCGAAGGAAGAAGUCUCUGCGGCACUGGAGAAGGCCCAGGAAGAAGCCCGUCAGCAGCAAGAGGCGUUAGCACUUCAGGUGGGGGACCUUAGGCUGGCACUGCAACGGGCAGAGCAAGCAGCUGCCAGGAAAGAGGACUAUUUACGGCACGAGAUCAGUGACCUUCAGCAGAGACUCCAAGAAGCAGAGAAUCGAAAUCAAGAGCUAAGUCAAAGUGUCUCAUCAACAACAAGACCGCUGCUUCGGCAGAUAGAAAACCUGCAGGCAACUCUAGGGUCUCAGACUUCAUCGUGGGAGACACUAGAGAAGAAUCUUUCUGAUAGGCUUGGUGAAUCGCAGGCUUUGUUGGCUGCAGCUGUUGAAAGAGAACGUGCAGCUACAGAAGAACUCCUUGCCAACAAAACCCAGAUGUCUUCCGUGGAGUCACAGAAUUCUCUCUUAAGACAGGAAAACAGUAGACUUCAGGCCCAGCUAGAGUCAGGGAAAAAUAAACUAAGAAAACUGGAAGAUGAAAACAGUCGGUACCAGGUUGAAUUAGAAAACCUAAAAGAUGAAUAUGUAAGAACACUUGAAGAGACAAGGAAAGAAAAGACACUGUUGUGCAGUCAGUUAGAAAUGGAAAAAAUGAAAGUUGAACAAGAAAGGAAGAAAGCCAUUUUCACCCAAGAAGCAGUGAAAGAAAAGGACCACAAACCGUUUUCCGUUUCUAGUACUCCCACCAUAUCACGCUCGAGCUCUGUAAGUGGGGUAGAUAUGGCAGGGCUGCAGACAUCUUUCCUGUCCCAGGAUGAGUCUCAUGACCAUUCAUUUGGGCCAAUGUCUUCGUCAGCCAGUGGAAGCAAUCUCUAUGAAGCUGUAAGGAUGGGAGCAGGAUCGAGCAUCAUUGAAAAUCUGCAGUCUCAACUAAAGCUGAGGGAAGGAGAAAUUAGUCAUUUACAGCUAGAAAUUAGCAAUCUAGAAAAAACUCGAUCCAUAAUGUCUGAAGAGCUAGUUAAGCUAACAAAUCAGAAUGAUGAACUGGAGGAGAAAGUGAAAGAGAUACCCAAGCUUCGAGUUCAGCUACGAGAUUUGGAUCAAAGAUAUAACACUAUUCUGCAGAUGUAUGGAGAAAAGGCAGAAGAAGCAGAGGAACUUCGCCUGGAUCUUGAAGAUGUAAAAAAUAUGUAUAAAACUCAAAUAGAUGAGCUUCUAAGACAAAGGCUCAGUUAACUUGUGAAAUUCGUACCCAUCAAACUGAAUGUAAACACUUAAUAUAUAAACGCAGACUUCCAAUAAAUUCUUUUAUAGAGUUAGAAAAUGGAAUUUGCUGUAGAGUGUAAAAAAACUUUUUAAAAAAUUCUUUUAGAGUAUGUAGUUAUAUUUACAGUUAAAUUAUUUUGUGCAAUAUUUGAAUUUUAUUUUUGAAACUAUUCUUUAAAUUUUUUAAGGCUUUUUUUUUGUGCCUUGAACAGCACAGAGAGUUAUUACUUUAUCCACAUAGCAGUCCAGCUAGGAAAGGAGAUUGCUGUCUUCAUAUUAUUGUGGAUAUAUAAUUAAUUGUAUCUAUAAUUUAUAUGUGUUUGUACAUAUUGAGAGACUUACAGAGUAAUGUUAACAUUGAAACUUUGAAGUCUUUCACACUGAGAUCUUCAACAUAUUUCUUGAAAGUGUUUGGAGCGUUCAGGUGGAAGGUUAUCACCCUGUGACUAAAUUAUAAGCAGAAGUCACACUGACAUGACUAAAAUUUAAAGAGUGGUUUAGGCUUAAAAUAUUUCCGUUUUGAAAAGUUAUUCCAUGUGGCUCCACAAUGAGUGGGAACAAAUGUAGAUCCUUUUUUGGUACUUAUCCAAAGAAAGUUAUAAAUAUUUAAUAUUAACUAGGCAUAAUUGGAUAGUGGGAAAUUUUGCCUGCAGUAAAUUCUGAUAGAUAGCAUUAGUAGCAGGUAAUUUUGAAGUAUUUUACUACACUGUGAAAUGAAUCUAACAUAAAAAUCACUGACAAAUUUUACUCAAAAUUUAGUCAAUUUACUUUUUAAAAACUACUUGCUUAAUUUUAUACAGUUGUAUUUUGGGACAUUAAAAAUGAAUGUUUUAAAAAAGAAUCUCCAUAGCAAACCAGAAACGUUAUAGGAGUACAUUUAAAUUGGAGAUUUUAUAAUUUUGUGUAGUUCAACAUGUUUUUCUUGAAGCUUCAACAAGCAAAAAAAUAACAAAAAGUAGUAUAGAAUAGCUUUAGAACAUAGUUCUGUCCUUUUCCAAAUGUAACUUUGUUUAAAAGUUAAUCAGGUUGUAUUUUAGACCUGUAAAAUAUUUUAAUUUUAUUACUGAAAAUUAUUUAACUGCUUUUAUUAUAGCCCUUCUUUAUCUGUUCUUUUGCUUUUUGUGGUUCUACGGUCAACAAUAAUUCAAAGGUACAUGGAAAUUACAGAGUUUAUAAGUACAGAGUGUAUGCUGUUCAGAGUGGCCUGCUGGCAUUUGUUCAGCACAGCCACACCUCCUUGUUAGUCACUGAGCUAUUGACACCUCAUGUCUACUGUCAUGGUUUAGAAGUGCUUGUGUUCAGGUAAGCCUCUGUAGUGGCCCCACUGUGAAGAUGUCAAAGGUUAGCCAGGAGUUCUUCCAUUUAAUGAAAGGGUGAACAUCACUGUUGGCUAUCUUACUGGAGGUUGGUAGCUUCUACUAUUUCAGGUGUUCAGUGAGGGUCUUAAAAUUGUUUUCCCUGCAAUGAGAAGGUAGGAUUUCAAAUAAAAACUGUAAGUUUUAUUUACAUAUUAAACAGUACUUCAGAACAUGACUGUGAGUAGCCAUCUUGCAGAAUGGAGAGUUUGGGGGUUGAUUUAAAUUGGCCUUAUUUUUGUUCCUUUUGUUCUACACAGUGUUUCUGUCAUUGGAUAUCUAUGGUUUGUAGCAUGAAUAAAUGUCCUUUUGGUGAAA